AUGGAUGCGUCGCACGACGAAGAGAGCCAGGGCACCAGUCAACCUGAGCAAAAGAACCAUCAAGAACAGCAACACGACCCUUCGGCUACCUCUCCGCCCUCAGAGUCUUAUCCUCCUCCACCACCUCAGUCUUCGACAGCAUCUUCGACGACCAUUCGGCCCAGUGGCCCGGAGAGUUUUCCAGAACUUCGUACGAACACCUGUAAUAACGCAACGCCUACACGAACGACUAGAGCCGCUUCAUCUGCUGCUCCCAGCGAACAUAAUAGUGUUUCCAACUCGGAGCCACCGUUUUCACCUUGGAGUGUCAGUUCAGAUAAGCAACUGGGCUAUCACUCCGCCGCUUCAGAUGUCUCCGGGGACCGAGUUUUUCCUAUACGAUCAGUCAUCAGCGUCGACCCCAACUCCAGUAAGAUAACCAGUGACGACUACUUCCACGCCUUGCCUGAGCGCGAUGGUCGGAGCAUUCCCAUUCAGGUCCCGGGCGCGCCUCGAGCUGACACGGGACCAGAUCUGAGACGUUCAGACACAGUUCCAGCAAAUUACCAUUCACGAGCCCACAACGAGCGUAUCGACGCCAUAAUGCGAAGAAAAAACACUAUGAGCGGCCCCAUGUCGAGCAUUCAGCUCGAUGCAAACCGCCAUGGAAGCAGUACAGUGCCUUUACAACUUGAUAUAUCGAUGUCAGACAACGAAGGCGAAGAAGAUGUAGAUGGAGACGCAGCAACAGAAACAGAGGAAUCGGGGGCAAUGGGUCAUAACUCAUCGAACCUUGCACCGGGCGGACAUGAUGCCGAUGUUUCUUCCGCUGGGAACUCCAGUGCUGAUGUUCCGCUUGUCACUUCCCGUUUCACGCACGUUGUGACUGAUGACGGUCAUGCGGUCAUUACUGGUCGUGACGGUGUCCUACAGCGUUGUGAGGACGAACCGAUUCAUACCCCUGGCGCCGUUCAAACUUUCGGUGUUCUCGUUGCUCUUCGCGAAGAAAACGAUGGUUGUUUUGUCGCCCGAUACGUCAGCGAGAAUUCUGAUCGGAUGUUGGGCUAUACACCUAAACAAUUAUUUCAGCUCACGAAUUUCCUUGACAUCCUGACAGAAGAGCAACAGGAUAAUCUUCUUGACCACAUCGAUUUUAUUCGCGACGAAGAUGCAGAUCCCGCCGUUAAUGGUCCUGAGGUUUUUAGCCUAUCAAUUCGACCCCCUAAACGCAAGAGCACAAAGCUUUGGUGUGCAAUUCAUAUAAACCCAGCACAUCCUGAUUUAAUCCUCUGCGAGUUUGAGCUGGACGAUGACGUUGAAUAUCCAUUACGGCCAGUGGAUGAGAUGACGCCCGACACUCCCCACGACACAUUGCAAUCAAACCCAACUUUGGAGGAGAUCGAAGACAGCACAGAGGUUCUUAGUAAGCCUUUGAGGAUAUUGAGAAGCGCGAGAAAGAGGCGGGGCGAACAAGGCGCUAUGCAAGUCUUUGACAUUAUGUCUCAAGUCCAGGAACAGCUUUCAUCUGCUCCAAACCUCGAGGCUUUUCUCAAGAUUCUAGUUGGCAUAAUCAAAGAAUUGACUGGCUUCCACCGAGUCAUGAUUUAUCAGUUUGACUCGUCAUUCAACGGAAAGGUUGUGACGGAGCUUGUUGAUACAUCCAUGACGAGAGAUUUAUACAAGGGUCUUCACUUUCCAGCAUCAGAUAUUCCACGACAAGCCCGCGAUCUCUACAAGCUCAACAAAGUACGGCUACUUUACGACCGCGAUCAAGAUACCUCCAGAAUCGUUUGCCGAACAAAAGAAGACCUUGACGUCCCAUUGGACAUGAGCCACUCGUAUCUGCGAGCUAUGUCGCCGAUUCAUAUCAAAUACUUGAAGAAUAUGGCUGUGAGGUCCUCAAUGUCGAUUUCAAUCAAUGCUUUCAACGAGUUAUGGGGCCUUAUUUCUUGUCACUCAUACGGAAAUCAUGGAAUGCGAGUAUCGUUUCCUAUUCGAAAAAUGUGUCGUCUAGUGGGAGACACAGCAUCCAGAAAUAUCGAGAGGUUGUCUUACGCUUCGAGACUACAAGCUCGCAAGUUGAUCAACACCGCACCUACUGACAAGAAUCCUUCUGGGUACAUCAUUGCGUCUUCGGAGGAUCUAUUAAAACUGUUCGAUGCCGAUUUUGGUUUGCUAUCAAUCAAGGGUGAGACCAAAAUCAUGGGACCUAUCGAACAAAGUCAAGAAGCGCUUGCAAUGUUAGAGUAUCUCAGAAUGCGUCAACUCACUUCUGUUGUGGCAUCACAGGAUGUUAGAGAAGAUUUCCCUGAUCUUCGAUAUCCACCUGGUUUUCAAGUUGUCGCUGGACUACUCUACGUCCCACUGAGCGUUGGCGGUAGUGACUUCAUUGUUUUCUUCCGGAAGGGCCAAAUUAAGGAAGUGAAGUGGGCCGGCAAUCCUUAUGAAAAGUUUGUUCGUGAGGGUACCGCCGGCUACCUCGAGCCAAGGAAGAGUUUCAAGACAUGGCACGAAACUGUCGUUGGAAAAUGCCGAGAAUGGAAUGAGGAACAGGUAGAGACAGCUGCUGUCCUCUGCCUUGUUUACGGCAAGUUCAUCGAAGUUUGGAGACAAAAGGAGAAGGCUUUACAGAACAGCAAACUGACCCGACUGUUACUUGCUAAUUCUGCGCAUGAGGUUCGAACCCCUCUGAAUGCCAUCAUCAACUACCUCGAGAUCGCCUUGGAAGGUAGUCUCGAUCAAGAAACUCGCGAUAACUUGGCCAGGUCUCAUUCUGCAUCUAAAUCUCUGAUUUAUGUCAUAAAUGAUCUACUGGAUUUGACCAAGACAGAGGAAGGGCAGAAUUUGGUCAAGGACGAAGUGUUUGAUCUUGCCAGCUGUAUUAGAGAGGCAACCGGCCCCUUCUUGAACGAUGCGAAACGAAAAGGAAUCCAUUACACUGUUGUCCAACAUCCUGGAUUGCCUCAGUUCGUACACGGCGAUGAACGACGGAUUCGACAAGCACUUUCUAAUGUCACAGCAAAUGCGGUCGCGCAUACGCAUAAAGGUCAUGUCAAGGUGGACGUUUUCGUGUCCGAGGUCAAAGAUCGGCAGGCCGUUGUUGACUUUGUUAUCGAAGACUCUGGUAUCGGCAUGAGUGCAGGUCAACUUGACACUCUAUUCCGCGAUCUCGAGCAGGUCAGCACCGAGGAAGCGCCUAUGUCAAGCUCACUAGACGAGAUGCCUCGUGAAAUGCGUACUCUAGGACUUGGCCUUGCCGUUGUUGCUCGCAUUGUUCGAAACAUGGACGGACAGCUUCGGCUGAAAUCCGAAGUCGGGCAAGGCUCGAGAUUUGUGGUCCAGCUUCCGUUCACUCUAUCAGAUGAAACACAUGUAUCUCAGCCCGAGGAUGCUCCGGCAGAGCCAGGAAAUCAAUCCACGAAUAGUGACAGCACUACCAACACCGCUCCUGAUGCUUUGAGGGCUGCGCCAGAAGGAGAGAUCACGCUUGUUGAUAGAGCUAGCACUAUGGCAUCUACUGGGGAGACUGCCGAUGUUUCUAUCAAAGGAAGUGGGGCAAGCCAGCGAAGCAGGAGUAGCCAUGCAAGCCACGCUAGCCGCGGUAGCCGCGAGAGCCAUCAGAGCGAUGCUGAUCGCUUAAUUGAUGCAAUCCAAACGCCCCUGUCUCUAAAUGAACGGGAAGGCACCGAAUUUCCUCUUCAGGGAAGUGGAGGUUCAAUAUCAGGAUCCUUGCGCCCUCAGUCUCGCGGAGCUAUGAGUGUUGGUGGCCGAUCUGCUAGUCCGUCCACUAAGCAGCCUCAAAGUCCUGUCUCAACGAAGCCUCAUAGCGAGCCGGGCAGUACCGAUGUCGUGGAUUCAAAAACCCCAAUCCGAGCAAUCAAAAUGCCGGAUGAUUAUACUGAUGUACCUCAGAAACCACAACCUAGUGAGCAAUCUGGCAUUCUCUUUGAGAUGAAGAGCAGUGAUCACCCUGUAGCCAAGGCUGGCACAGAGAGUGUCACCAGUGGAGGCACCCAGAUGACUGAGCAGCCGCAUCUCGAGGUUCUCGUGGCUGAAGACGACCCAAUCAACAUGAAGAUCUUGAGGAAGCGCCUGGAAAGAGUAGGACAUGGCGUUCAUCAUACCGUCAACGGCGAGGACUGCGCUGCAGCUUAUCGUGAGAGGUCGAAUGACUUUGAUGUUGUCCUAAUGGACAUGCAGAUGCCUAUCGUUGACGGCCUCACGAGUACAAAAAUGAUCAGGUCAAUGGAGGCAUCUGCAGAUCAUCACGGCCACUCGAGCUUGGCUGGCACCAACCAUCGCAUCCCCAUCUUUGCUGUCUCGGCCUCACUCGUUGAGCGGGAAAAGCAGACUUACAUUGAUGCCGGUUUCGAUGGAUGGAUCCUCAAGCCAAUCGACUUCAAGCGUCUCAACACUCUCCUGGCUGGUAUUUCUGAUGAAGAGGUCCGCAACUCUUGCCUCUACGAACCUGGACAAUGGGAACGUGGAGGUUGGUUCCUUCCAAGAUCUAGAGUGGGCGGCUCAGAAGCCAGUGACGAGGUUACUCCAAGGGCUGAGCAUGAUGCAAAGGACAAAGACAUCGGCGAAACAGCUCUCGCUUCUGAAGACGCGAAGGAAGUGGAUGGUGCUGAUGACAUCAAGGCCAGUGACGCCUAG